CUAAUGGCUGCUGUUUGCCUCGUCCUGCCCAGGCCACACUUCUGCCAUAUCUGAUCCCAAGUGGCUCUGGGCAGCACAGAUCUGAGUGCCACCACCCUGGGACCACUGGUGGUGAGGCUUUGAGGGCAAAGCUCUGCACUUAUGGAAGCUGCUCAGCUCCUCCAUACCCCUAUGGAAAGCCCUGAGCCCAGCAGGCAGUUUGCCCAGGGGGACAGGAGCACAGUGCUGUCACGAUGGUGUCUGUGCACAAAGGACCAGGCACUCCUGACCCACUGUGCUUCACACAUCUGCCCUGAUUUUCCCCAUUGUCUGCAGCCCUCAUCGUCUCCCAGCUUUGAACCUUCUCUGAACUUUUUGGGGCUGCUGAAAUGGAGCUGGAGGGGAAUGUGUCCCAGUGGGCAGGAAGGACUCAGAACUUUUAGAGAGUGUCUGAAGGAAGGCAACAAGAUGGCAAAGGGUUCAGAGAGCAUGAGGAGUGGCUGAGAUCCCUCAGUUUGUUUGGCUUGGAGAAGAGGAAACAGGGAAUACUCAUGGUGGCCUACAGCCUCUUCAUGGCAACCCUAUAGCUCCCUUAUGGCCUACAGCUUCCUCAUGGCAGCCUGCAGCUCCCAGUGGUGGCCUUACAUCUCCUUCCUGAUGGCCACACAGGUUCCUUUUGGCCUCCAGCUUCUCACAGCGGCCCUACAGCUCCUCACGGCAGCUCUACAACUCCAUCAUGGUGCCCCUACAGCUCCAUCCUGGUAGCCCUACAGCUCCUCGUGCUGGCCCUACAGAUCUCUUACACCCUACAGCUCCUCAUGGCUGCUCUACAGCUCCAUCGUGGUGGCCCUACAGCUCCUUGUGGUGGCCCUGCAGAUCCCUCAUGCCCUCCAGCUCCAUCCUGGUGGCCCUCCAGCUCCUCAUGGUGGUCUUACAGCUCCUCGUGGUGGCCCUACAGCUCCCUCAUGCCCCACAGCUCCUCAUGGCAGCCUGCACCUCCUUCACAAGGGGAGCAAAGCUCAGGAAGCACUCAGAAAUACAGUGUGAAUUUUUGGUGACCACGUGCGGAGGCAGAAUGUGGACUUGAUGAUCCCUUCCAACUCGGGAAUCUCUGUGAUUCCACGAAAUCUCCAUUCCCAGCACUCUGCCGUCGCCGUCACAGGAGGAAUUCCUCCUUCGGUCGCUGUGGAGCAGCUCUAAGUGCUUCAAUAUGUCGGCAGCUGCUGCUGGAGUCGGAUGGUAAAUGCUAAUGUGAUAUUAUCCUGUGCACCUUUCAAAACCCACUGGAAGGGUUUAGUGCAAAUUGGAUUUGCAAACCUCUAUCGGGUCUCCCUGCCCUCAGCAAAGCACUGUAAUCCCCAGCGGGCGCCUUGACAAACCAGCUCCUUCUGUGCAAAAACAGCAGAUUUUGGGAAAAAGGACAGCCGGAUGGAGGGAUGCCCCAGUGCUGGGCUGGAGGAGGCACUGCUUGCUUUUAGGACCACAUUCCUCAAUGUUCUCCUGUGCCACCGGUCCUGCUGGGUCCCAUAGUGACUUCCUCAGAGCAGGAGGAGGUUCUGUGGAUACCAGUGGUGUCGAAAUUGGCCCAGAGAAAAGCACAUCUGGGGCCCGAGCUCAGCCCCGCUGCCAAAAUGUAAGCUUUUAACCCUAUUUCCCCAGGCACUGGGGUUGUUCAAACAAGCCACAGCAAUUAGUCUCCUUCAGCAAACCACCUCUUUCUGGCAUCGUGCGGUUAUUUAGCAUUGGAAGGGUUGGUUCGUCGCUCCAAAAGGGCUGUCGUUCAGAGAAGGUUUUGGCAGGAGUGGGAAAUUUGGGGCUGGAGAAGCACCAUCUGCCAGCACCCAUGAGUGCCUGGGCUGUCAUACUUGUGGUUUUUUGGCUCACGUUAGCUCUGAUUUCCUCUUUGCCUGCGUGUUCCCUGUUGAGGUUGGACGUAAAGAUUCUGGGGAGAAUCCUCUGGUGGUGUUGUUGACAGGAGUGCUUCCAUGCUCUGUUUUCUUUUCCUGCCCACCAUCAAAGGGCCAUUUCCGUGCAGUGCUUUUGCUAUCACGUUGUGUUUCACACCCUUGGUUUACUCCCACCUCAAAGGAGUGAUUUUGCAUUCGCGCUCUCUGCUCCUGCUGAUGCUGAGCAAUGCAAUCCCAAAACAUUUCCCUGUAGUUUUACCUCUCCGUUUCCACCUCUUAGCACAAAGGGUGGCUUCUGCUGCUGGUUAGACCCAUGGAAUCAGUGGAUAAAGGUCAUAAAAGGAACUGCCCCUUGGGAGAGGUGGUGGUAGGGACAAGGGAGGCAGCCUCACCACCCUGACCCUCCCGUCUCUCUCCCUGCAGCCCCAUGGCACACAGAGCAGUGGAGCACGAGGGGCUGACCCCAGCCCUGUGGGAGGAACGAGGGAAAGUGGAGAGCUCUGCAGCUCCUCGCCUUGGGCUGCUUGUCACUUUGGGAAAGCAGAUCCAUGUGGAGUGCGGGGCUCUGGUUUUACUUAGAGUGCACGGGGAGAGCUGGGGAGGAGUCAGGGGAGAGGGAGCAGUGGUGACAGCAUGGCUCCAUGGGCACUGAGAUGCCCCAAACCCACGUGUGCUUUGUGCACGGUGCUGCCGUCUGCCACGGGGCUGCUGGCACAGAGCAACCCUGAGAUAGAGCUGGAGUUCGGGACUUCUUCUUUCUUUCUCUCCUCUGCAUCUGCUUAAUGCUAAUUAAUUAAGCUCAGACCAGGGUUUGGGGCAUGUUUCUUUCUGACGCUCCCCAUUUUGGGGCUUUUUGCCACCCUGGGGCUGUUCUGGCCCUGCAGCACUGGCAUCCCCACUGCAGCCCUUCUCAGCACAACGUCUAACCUACAGCACUCAGACACAGCGAUGCCAUUUGGGGGCUGCGCUUCCAGAGGGGAUCUCACCAACUCAGGGCCAUUUGAGGAGCAUUCUGUCUGAGCACCGCACUGUCCCCAUCCUCACCGGUGGUGCUGGGACCCCUGGGAGCUGCUCAAUCCAUUGGCUUCUCCAGGAGCCUGGAAGAACCACAGCUGCUCCGCCACAGCACGGAGCCGGGAUGGAAAUUGUUUAAUUCCUGCGGGGUGAGUCAUGAGGAGCCGGGAUUUCAAAGCAGCUUGGCUCCCAUGUAAGGCACUAAAAUAAACAGUGUGGCAGGUGGAAGCUCUCUCUGAUGUCCCGUCAAGGCCUUGAUCUUUCCAAGUGUUUCGUGUUGCCAAAAACCUCGGCCACUCCGUGGCCUCAUCCAUUCUCGCUCCGUGGCCGAGGCCGAGAGCUUGAAAAUAAUGAAUCAAUGCCCGGAAGCAUGAAUCGACUGAAAAUUUAUGACAUACUUACAAUAUAAUGUCUUUUGGGCGCCCUGGCUUCUAGGCUUCAAAGCCUGAGGACGGAACGUUCGCACGUCUGCUCUUCCCCCUCUCUCUGCUAUAAAGAAGGAUUUAAGGGUAAAAAAAUGAAGCUCGGCUUCUCCCCUCGCCUCAGCAUUGAGGAGUUUGAAGGGCGACGUGAGUGGGCUUAACAGCUGGAAAUGGUCGUGGAGGAGAGAACCUGAGAGCGUGAGAAGUGGCUGAAGCCCACACGGUCCCGAACGCAGUGCAGCCCACGGGCGUUGGAGAAAUGUUUGGAGUUUGCAAGGAGCUGAGAUGAGAAAAAGGGGAUGGGAGGUGACUGCGAGUCAGCGCCGCUCUCUGAAGGCUGGCGGUGAUGGGGGUUUAAUGGCUGCACCCAUCAGCUCCCAUCAGGUCCAACCUGCUCUGGAUGGACAGAUCCCAGCGCUGUCAGUUUGUAGAGACAUGUUCAACGGAAGCCGGACAUACAGCCCCUUGCCUUCCUCGCUGGCCUCACGGGCAUCCUCCUCCUCCUCUUCCUCUUCCUCGCUGCCGGUGGCUCCGCGGAGACCCCCCCGGGCCCUGCCACGCCACAGCUCUCUGCUCUCCCAGUACAGCAGCUUGCUGGAGAGCUACACGGAAGGGGAGAUCCGGCAGCUCAUCUCGGCGCUGGUGGAACGCUACAGCCAGGCCAUGAACUCGGGUGGCCACGAGCUGCCCCUCUUCCCCAAAACGGGCAACCGCAUGAAGCGCGCACGCGCCCGCCACAAACCCUGCGCCCUGAAGGAGCUGGAGGUGAGCGUCAGCGAGUUGGGCCUGGGCUACGAGUCGGAUGAGACCGUGUUGUUCCGCUACUGCAGCGGCACCUGCGACGCAGCCGUCAGGAACUAUGACCUCUCUCUGAAGAGCGUGCGCAGCAGGAAGAAGAUCAGGAAGGAGAAGGUGCGCGCGCGGCCCUGCUGCAGGCCGCUCUCCUAUGAUGAUGAUGUCUCCUUCUUGGAUGCCUACAACCGUUACUACACCGUCAACGAGCUGUCAGCCAAAGAGUGCGGCUGUGUGUGAAGGGCCGGGUUGGGGGGUGGCCCAAUGGGGGCGAAGGCUACGCUGGGGAUGGGGAUGGACCCCGCGCCGCUGCCCGCCCCGUGGACUUCCCGUGUCCAGUUGGAGGAGGAGAGACGACCUGUGGACCCACCGUGUCCAUUGGGAAGAGGAAAGAUGUCCCAUGGACCUUCCGUGUCCAUUGGGAGGAGGAGAAAUGCCCCACAGACCCCCCAUGUCCACUGGGACCCUCCACGUCUGUGGGGGAGGAAGAGAGAUGCCCCACAGACCAUCCAUGUCCAUUGGGAGGAGGAGAGAUUCCCCAUGGACCCUCCAUGUCCGGUGGGAGGAGGAGUGAUUCUCCAUGGACCCCGCAUAUCCACUGGGACCUUCUUUGUCCAUGGAGGAGAAGAUGAGAUGCCCCGUGGACCCUCCAUGUCCGUGGGGGAGAAGGAGAGAUGCCCCAUGGAUCCCCACAUAUCCAGUGGGAGGAAGAGAGACUGCGACGCUCGCGUGGCCCCGAGCGCUGCUCCCUGCCCACAUGUGUGCACUGUGACCGUGGGGCUGCACAGGAAGGUGUAAGUGUGAGUGUUGUCCCAUGGCGUGGGUUCCCAUCAGCUGAUCCUCCAGUUGGCUGUGCGACACAGGCGCUGGGCUCAGGGUGUGACACACACACUCAGGGUGUGCUGCACGUGGAGUGUUGUGCACAGAUGUUGUCCGUGUCGUUGUGCACUGGGCUGAGCACCGGGUGUUGUCACACGGAUGUGUCACCUGAUGAGGGGUUGUGAGCUGCACGUAGAGGUGACAGGGAUGUGUGUGCAGGGUCUAAUGUGUGCAGUGUGUCCGUAGGGUGCCUGGUGUUGUGGGCAUAGGGGUGUUGGAUGGCUAUGGGUGCCCCAGGUGGGGCUGACAUCCCCUGUUUUCACUGUGUCCGUGCUGGGGUCCCCGUGCUGUGCCCCAAAGCCCCACGUUGGGUGCAGAGCUGCAUGCACACCGUGGAAAAGCUCCAUCUCCGUUCCCCACACCCCAUCCCCUUGCUCCCUGCAGCUGCUGCUUUGUAGGAUAAUCUGCAGUAACUGGAUUAAGCCCAUGGCCCCUCCGCCUGCAGCCGGGCUGGAGACGUGCCACUGCCAUGGAGGUGACACAGAGCCACGCGGCCACCAGCACGGCUGGGCUGCAGCAGGUGAGGAUCCCCCAUAGCCGGCCCAGCUUUGUCCUAAGGGUGUGUGGGAUUCCCAAUGGGGCAGCACAGCUCGGAGCGCAUGCAGGACAGGGCUCAGGCCUGGGCUUUGGCUCCACUUCGCAUUUACAGCAGUGUCACUCUUGUUUACUCUGCGGAGAAAUAAAUGAGACCGCAGACUUUUGCAUUCUCCGGGCAGGCUAAAUUUGUUGCCUGGGAUUGAUGGGUUUUCUCCCCUUGGCCCUCUUCCCAGAAAAAGCAAAUCAUAAACAGAAGGAGAAUAUUGGUGUCGUGUCCUGGGCAUGGAGGGAGAACGCUCUGAUGGCAGCGCUCCGCUGGGGGACCUCUGUGCCAUAUUGGGACCAUGGCCACUGGGGACAUGGGCAGGAUUUUGGGGUGGUGGUGACAAAGGUGAUCCCCAAAAGAAGCAGAAGCAGCUGCAGGACGAUCUGUGCUUGUGACCCACGCUGUGCCCACAGCUUGCUUCCACCCUCAAAUAAAGCAACACAACGCACCCAAAUCUAAUAAUAAUAACUGCGCUCUGAAGGGCUUGGGCGCGUUCCAGUUCUCACUACUAUAAAACUAAAAUUAGUUGUGUUGCAGAAGCCUCCAGUUAAACAAGCGAAAAACAACAACAAAAACAACAAGCAACCAAAACCCAAGCACAGGAAGGUGCUCAGAGCAGUGCAGCAGGGUUAGCACCGAGCUCCCUGUGUCACCGGGAGCACGGAGGUGAUGCUGAGGUUUUGCAGCUGUUGUGUUGCUCCUGGUGCCGGGUUUUGGAGACGUGUUGGAGAUACCCAUUGGUUUCGGGGCUUGCAGGGCUGAGGUCAGCAGCAGCUUUGCACCCUCGUGCUGCUGAACCCACCCUGCUGCACUUUGCAACCCCAAAAGCACCCCAAAGCACUGGGAAACCCCCAACGCGAGGCGUGUUGCAAAGCAACGCAGAUAGCUGCAACGCCUCUUCCUUUUUUUCCCCCCCUUUUCCUUUUUCACCCCACGCAGAGGUGCGGGGGAAGUGGCUGACGUUGGCGGCGUGUGAUGGUUCGGGGAGUGCAUCUGGGCUGCAGCUGCACUGUGCAGCCACACAACACCCGGGGGACGAGCAGGGCCGACGCGGCCAUCACCCAACCGUGGCUUUUGCUUGCGUGUCGCUUCCGUGCGUGUCACUCAGGGUUGUCCUCUUGGGGACACGUGCGUCCUCGUGUUCCGGGAGCAUCGCCCUGUCCCGCACCGUCUGCACAAGGAAAUGUGGUUCCAAUAGAAUCGCCGCUCUUUCCCUUAAUGCUUUCCAUUUCUACAGCCCUCUCCGCUGUAAUAGGAGCUGGAGCUGUCUGGAAGAAUGUCUACAAUGCAGAAAAGGCAAAAGGAUGGAAAAUUCCCCGCUCAAAGCCACGGCGCAAUCUCAUCUGGCUCUCUUCCUCAUCACCCCAUGCGUUACUGAUUGCUAAUAACGGUGUGCAACAUCUGCCGGGUGGUGUUUUGGGGGAUUUUGGGGGGCAUCUUCCACCCUGCAGCUUGCCCAUCACCCAAGGCAGGAGACGAGGGCUGGGAACGACGGCGAGAUGUUUAGAACGAUUCCAGUGGUUGUGACAGCGCAAAAUAUGAGUGUUAUGUUAUCCCGACUCUCUGAUAAUGAGUUAUGGGACGUUUCAUUGUGUUUUACUAUACACAUCCCCAUAUGGCCCUGCAGUGUUUGGGUAACUCCGGCUCUGGCUCUGGUUCGGCUCCGCCUGUCACUUGCAUCAGUCGGGAUCCCAUUCGCCAACAUGGGUGCACUCCCGAUUUGGUAUCGGUGAGGGGGAACGGGCCUAACAUCAUUGUUUCCACUCGGUGAAAGCACUGGCAAACGUUGCGUCCUUUAUUUAAACAGGUCCAGAAAUGUGCUGGGAAGAAAUCAUUUCUCCCAGUUUAUCGAGACAAAUGGUU